UAUUCAAAAAGUCAGCUGAGAGUAAGCACAUCUAGGCCCAAAUUCGUCUUUCAUGCUCAAAAGUCAAGACUGCUCUCUUUUUUUUUUCUCUUGCUCGUUUUGCCUUGCGUUAUUAAUCAUGGGUCGUGUUAGGACAAAGACUGUCAAAAAAGCCGCAAGGCUCAUCAUCGAGAAAUACUACACUCGUUUGACUCUUGAUUUCCAUACCAACAAGAGAAUAUGCGAGGAAAUUGCAAUUAUUCCCAGCAAACCACUCAAAAAUAAAAUUGCUGGUUUUGUUACACAUUUGAUGAAACGUCUUCGUCAUAGCCAGGUUCGUGGUAUUUCAAUUAAACUUCAAGAAGAAGAGAGAGAACGCAGAGACAAUUAUGUACCUGAAGUAUCUGCUCUUGAACAUGAUGUUAUUGAAGCUGAUCCAGACACCAAGGAGAUGCUUAAGAUGUUAGAUUUCAGUAACAUUUCAGUCCAAAUUGUACAACCACAAGCUCAUCAAUUUACCAGACGAAACUAAAUUAUUUAUUAGUUU